CGGUACAUAACCUUAAAAAUCACGUAAGAGGAAAAGGUCUCUAUUUUCAUUUUUGUUAAUGAAGCACUGUAAUAAGAAGCUAUGUUGGCGAGAAAUUUAAAAAUAUAUGUAUACAGAGAUAACGAAUUUUCUUAAAAAUUCGAUCAAGUGAGGAUUGAAGAGCUUCAUAUUUACUACAAUCAUGUUAUUUACGGGAGUUGUUCUUCGAGGCACUCUCGGGGUAAAAAGUGCCCUGAAUCAGGCAACAGUAUUUAACAAUCUUUUACAAAAAUCAAUUUUUCGACGAUAUACUGGAUUUCGUGCAUGGAAUGGAAAUUCUCAAAUUUUUUCUUCGGGUCGAAGACGUAUAUCAAUUUCAAGAUUAAACAAAGCGGAAAAUUUGGCCAGAAAUUGCGACAAUGCAACAGCUGUAUUAAAUAAUGUAAUCAUAUACAAGUACGAAAGAGGAACAGCGUUUGCAUUUAUAAUGGUAUUUUCUGUUAUUCAACUAUUUGGAAUGCUCUCUAUGGCAAGCAAUUUGUACACUACCUUUUGUGCAGACAUUUUUAACAGAGAAAAGAGCUGGUCGACGCGACUUUUGGAAUGUAAAUACAGCGUUUUCGGCAUUGCUUCUGGAUGUUUUUUCGGUCCUAUGAUAUUUAUAACUGUUAUGGCGACCGCAACUAGAACAAUUAGACGUAUAAUUUUGCAUAAAGGUGGCGAUAAAGUGACAAUUGUUACCUAUCAUCCUGUUCCGCGUAAGGCUGCGCAAACUGUUCCCUUGAAAAAUGUUAGUUGUAAAGCUUCGAGACACGUUAGAGGCACACUACCAGUGAGCAUUUCAGGGAAAAAAUUUUAUUAUUUUAUUGAUUCGGAUGGUGAUUUUCCGAAUUCUGACCUCUUCGAUUUCACAGAAUCUGCAUUACCGACGGUAGGUAACAUAGCAUGGAACAUAACCUUUUUCGGUCGGUAAGUGGCGUCAUACUGUAAUAGCUCUACUACUAAUAAAGUACUUUUUUCAAUCUUUGUUGAAUAGACAAUUACUUCGACUCCUA